AUGGCACAAAUUGUGCUACAGCCAAUCUCAGUAGGGAUGUCAGUGAAAUACAUCUUGUUUCUCUCUGCUGUGCCUGGGUUUCUGGAUGCACGAGUCCUCAUGCCCAAAGCAGCUCAAGCCCUCUAUAUGCAACUCACCACGGCCACACAAGAAGUACAGGAUGAAAUCGUCAACGUUCACAACAGAUUCAGGAGAAAUGUCCAUCCUCCGGCCAGAAACAUGCUGAAGAUGCAGUGGAGCCCCGAAGCCGCCUACAACGCGCGGAUCCUGGCGCAGUACUGCGACCUGGCUGAGAGCGACCCGAUGGAGAGAAGGCUGUCCAAUACCUUCUGUGGGGAAAACGUGCACAUGGAGCCUUUUCCUAUCUCGUGGUCGGAGGUCAUUGAAACCUGGUACAACGAGUCCAGACAUUUCAAAUACGGGGAGUGGACCAUGGAUGACGACGUAAAAACAAAUCAUUACACACAGCUGGUCUGGGCGUCCUCUUAUCUUAUUGGCUGUGGAGUUGCCUCGUGCCGCAAAAACAGGGAGCCUCAGUACAUCUACAUUUGCCACUAUUGCCAUGAGGGAAAUGAUCCUGACAUGAUAAACAUGCCUUACAAGAAGGGCUCUUGGUGUGGAGAUUGCCCAGAUCAGUGCGAAGACAAGCUAUGCAUGAACCCCUGCUUCUACUUUGAUGAAUACCAGGACUGUGAAAAAAAAGCCAGGAUUCUUGGAUGCACACACCCAACCAUUAAUCUCUUGUGCCCAGCUACCUGUAUGUGUACAACUGAGAUAAAAUAA